UCUGCAACGGAAGCGAGAACGUUUCUUUUUGGCUCAGAGACAGCCAACAUGGUGUUCAAACGCUAUGUGGAGAUUGGACGGGUGGCAUAUGUCUCCUUCGGGCCCUAUGCUGGCAAGCUGGUAGCCAUCGUAGAUGUCAUCGACCAAAACAGGGCCUUGGUGGAUGGCCCAUGCUCUGGGGUGAAGAGGCAGGCCAUGCCAUUUAAGUGCAUGCAGCUCACAGACUUUGUCAUUAAAGUGCCACACAGCGCUCGACAGAAGUUUGUGCGACGUGCGUGGGAGAAGGCCCAGGUCAGUGAGAAGUGGGCGCAGAGCAGCUGGGCCAGGAAGAUUGAAGCUCGACAAAAGAGGGCUAAGAUGUCAGACUUCGACCGUUACAAAGUUAUGAAGGCCAAGAAAAUGAGGAACAAGAUCAUCAAGCAUGAAGUCAAGAAGCUACAAAAAGCUGCAGUGAAAAAGGCAUGA